AUGCCACGAGAUCGUUUCUUCUUACUGCGAUCUAACCUGUGCUGCCAACUUGAUGACGACAUUAGUGAUGACGACAGGAAGAGCCAGAGACUUUGGAAGGUUGCGCCUUUUGUUGAGAUGGUGCGAAAGGGCUGCUUGGGCUUGGAAAGAUCCAACUGCUUCUGUGUGGAUGAACAAGUCAUCCCAUUUUCCGGGCGCUGCCCUAUGAAGCAGUAUAUCCCUAACAAACCAAAUCCUGUGGGCCUGAAAAACUUUGUUCUCGCAGGAAAGGACGGGUUGAUAUAUGAUUUUGCAAUUUACAAAGGCAAAGAGACGUUUCCAGACUUUGGCCUUGGCAUAUCGGGCAACUCAGUCUUGAAGCUGGUUGAGACAGUGCCUGCAUGCUCCACGCUUUACUGUGACCGUUGGUUUUCUUCGGUCAGUUUUAUGGAUGAGCUUAUGAAGAAGGGCAUUUUUGGCACCGGCACUCUGAUGAAGAACAGAAUGCCAAAAGAGGCCAAUUUCACAAAUGACAAGGAUUUAUUGAAGAAAUCUCGGGGCACUUCGGAGCAGCGACUGCAACAAGACAGCAGGCUUGCUUGCACAAAAUGGGUCGACAAAAAGCCCAUUGUGAUGCUGUCGGCUGCCUUUGUAGCGGAGCCUGAAGAUAAGGGCAAAAUAUGGUGCAAGAAAGACAAGACGUUUCU